AAUCAAAAUUCAAAAUGGACAAUAAGAAAAAAAAGAAUAAGAAUAAGAAUAAGGCCAAAUAAGAGCAACAACCAUAAUAAUAAUAGCCAUAAAAUUAAUUAGUACCAAAAAAUUAAUAACAUCAUCACGAUCAUGAACAUCAUGGAAACGAUGAACAUCAUCACGAUCAUGCUCAUUGUAAUCAUGGAUUGCCAAGUGAUGCUUCUAAUUUAGACCCCACCAGUUUAUUAAAUGGUUUAAAUAAAGGAGAAGGAUUGCUUGGUAGCUUAAGCAUGAUACCUAAAUUGACAGAAAUGUUAAAUCAAUUAACCAAUUUUGGAGGUUAAGCCUUCAAACCGGACGAUCCCCUUCCCGAUUUCACUAAAUUUGAUUAAACUAAAGUAAAAAUAUAAAUAUAAAAUCCUAGUAAACCUUGGAAGUAGCAAUCGAAGAGUUUUAGUCCACAAUUGAAAGUGUCCAAAAGAAAGAUUUCACUAAUCUAACCAAACCAGUUGUGUAGAAACAGCAAUAAUAAAAAUUAACUAAACAAUAGUAGCAAUAAAAAGAUAAGUAUAAUAACCAUAUAAUUAUAGAAACAAUUAAAUAAUCAAAUAAAAUAUAGAUUAUCUAAAUACAUUGCAAAAGGACUUGAAGAAACUAAUGCAAGAUGUAAAAUAUAUGAUUUAUAAUAGUAAUCCCUUAGCGGAAUAGCACCUAUAUUGAAUCAAGGAAUUGAGAACUUAAAUUAAGAUAUCCAAUAUUAUUAGAAGUAAUAAGAAGUAUGAGAAUUAAAUAUAUAAUAUUAAUUAUUCAUUUACAC